GUGUUCAGUCGCUUUCUCAGAAACUCUCCAUCAGAACCUGCUUUCUGUGUUUACCACCUCCUUCCAAUACUCUGCGUGCUGCCCUAACCGUCUGUUUGCAUCAUUAUUUGCUCGGCGUUCCGACCGUCUCCGUCGAAUCUGCGUGUUGCUCGCGGCGUCCUGCCCCCGGCUGCGCGGUCGUCUGGAAUCGGCCUCCGUCGGUGGGCUCAUGUUGCUCAGUCGUUGCGGAUCGGUGGCGUCGGCCGGACUUGCGCGAACGUCGGCGCGUCGAUAGUGCAUCCGAGCGACCGUGAACGUUCUAGAGGAGGGUUCGGGCAAUUCAGUGUUUCCAGGUGCGAGCGAACGGUGUAAAGGAGCGGACGGAAUCACAGACUCAUCAUGAGGUGACGCGGUGUUACGUUAUAUUCACUGUCUUGCGAACUGGUUAGCAUUCCAUAGAAGAUCGCAAAGUGGAGGCACAUCUACCUACCUUGCUGAUCCUGAUAAAACUGAGUGCUAGUGUUACCCACGUGAAACAAACCAGCCGGCCCAGCGGUGCUGUGUGGUCAGUGGUCACCUGAUCAGCUUGACCACGCGACGGGCGCCACACCUUCUCCACGAUGUCGAUCGACGAAGCACCGGUGCCCUCCGAUCCCCGGCGCUCCGGCUGGGGGCAGCUGCUGCUGCGUACCUUUGGCGACCCAGAGGUGGAACACUUGUACCGUCAGUUUCACGAGACAGCACGCCGCAGUGAUGUGCAGUACCUCCUAGCCUGUGCGCUGGUAUGUGGAGCUCUCAGUCUCGGACACGAGGUGGACACAGGUCACCGCCUGGCCCACCUCAUCACCGUAGGGACGCUCACCGCCCUCCACGCGCUCCUACUAGCCGUCACGUCUCUCCGCUGGCUGGGCUCCAUCGGCUGGCGCCUCGUACCGUUCGCCGCCUGGGUGUUGUUCGCCGCCACUAUUGGAGCACACGUGCGUCUGGCGCACCGCUCCGGGCCCACGGACGGCCUCGAGUGGUACCUGCUGCUGGUGGUGCUGGUUUGUGUGUGUCUGCCGGUGCGACUGCGCUGGUGUCUGCUGAUGUCUGCGCUUACAGUGGCGCUCUACGUGGGAUCGACGCUGGCCUUCGCUGCUGAUCGGGUUCACCUGCGAGAGAGGGUGACGGCCGGCUGUGUCCUGCUGCUGGGUGCCACCGCGCUGGGCACCACCGCCUACCUAUUCACCGACCUCCGGCAGCGGAGGACCUACCUGGAGACCCGCAAGGUCAUCGAGGUCAAAACGUCCAUCGAGGAGCAGUCCAGAACACGGGAGCGCCUUCUGCUGUCGGUACUGCCUCGACACGUCGCUGAGACAAUGAGGCAAGACUGGGGUCGGAUGGAUGUUGGACAGUUCAAGAAAAUCUACAUGAAGAGGCACGAAAAUGUCAGCAUCCUCUUCGCCGACAUCGUGGGAUUUACGGCUAUAUCGUCCACCUACUCGGCUUACGACCUGGUGCACAUGCUGAACGAGCUGUUUGCCUCCUUCGACCGCCUGGCAGACAAAUACAAGCAGUUGCGGAUCAAGAUCCUGGGCGACUGCUACUACUGCAUCUCGGGCUGUCCGGAGGAGAGAACCGAUCACGCCAUCCAGUCCGUCUACAUGGGGCUCUCCAUGGUCACGGCCAUCAAGUCGGUGCGGGAGUCCACCCGCUCCACUGUGGACAUGCGGGUGGGGAUCCACACGGGCGCCGUUCUGGCCGGUGUGAUGGGACAGAAACAGUGGCAGUUCGACGUCUACAGCAAAGACGUGGAGCUCGCCAACAAAAUGGAGAGCUCGGGGAAGCCGGGGUAA